GAGAGAGAGAGAGAUUGGACAAAGCAAAGGGCUUGACGCGGCCAGGCGAGCAGCGAGCAUUGAACCUGGCCGUCCGGGAAACAAACAAUAGAGAGCAAGCAGCGGAUACCGGAUGCUGCAGCUGUGGAAAAUCUUUGCAAGCGAAGAUGAAUCCUGUCCUAAAAGAACAGCUGCCUGGUCUGCAGGCUGCCCACAGCAAAGGGGAAUGCGUCUACCAAACCCAGUCCAGUGCCCUUAACGAUGAGGACAGAGAUUUCAACCCUGUGCGAGAGGCUGGGAACGAAUCGGAGACCGGGAAAGGGGAAGUAUCUGCAGGAGACUCAUCUGAAAUCAACCAGACUUCUGCUACAUCAUAUGAUGAAGAAUGUGACCCCGGAUUCGGCAGGUCCUGCCCUCACUGCGGAAGUUGUUGUGGUCGCCAGCGAGACCUCGCCAAGCGCAUGAAGAAGACUCACCUGGAGGAGAUUGUAAAGAUACUCAAAACUCGUUCUGUUCGCACCACGAGCCUCCCGCUACCAAGCGGCAGAGAGCGCGAAAUUCCACCCGCCGACGUUCCUACGACCUCUGAACCCGCCGGCGAUGCCCAAGCCUCGCAUAUGCAUCGCGCUCGGGACCGCUGGACUGAAUGCGACAAUCGUGAUGCAAAUGAUGAAACCGCCGUCGAACGGGGAACUUGUAGUGCAGCGGAGACCAAGCGCGGCGCGGGAAUGAGAGAGAGUUCUGAUCGGGAUACCGACGCAACGGAUGACAAAAGCUCGGUAAUCGAGAAGGAAAAAAAUAACAACGAGGAAACAGUGACGACUCCGUAUGACUACACUGAAUCCAGACAAAGUCUGAACCUUAAAACCAAGGAGAUUAUCCAUUCCGGGGAGGCUUUGUACGGCUUUGGUUGCGGAGGAGACAAUUUCGACCGUCUGGGUUCGCUUAAAACCCUGGCCGGAUUUCUCCCGCCAUACUUCUGCACGGAAUGCGGGAAGCGCUUCAACGGCUCGGGAACGCUCAAGAGACACCUGAGAAUUCACACGGGGGAGUCUCCUUACCACUGCACCGAAUGCGGGAAAAAUUUCAAGGACUCAGGUGCUCUGAAGAGACACCGGAGGAUUCACACGGGGGAGUCGCCUUACCACUGCACCGAAUGCGAAAAGAAAUUUCGCCAACUGGGCCACUUGAAAGAACACCAGCGAAUCCAUACCGGGGAGACCCCGUACCACUGCACUCAGUGCAGGAAAAGCUUCAGCCAGCUGGGGAACCUGAAGACCCAUCAGCGAAUCCACACCGGCGAGACCCCUUACACCUGCGCCGACUGUGGGAAAAGCUUCCGGCAAAUCAGGCAGCUCCGAACGCACCAGCAGGUCCACACGGGAGAGACUCCGUUCCACUGCUCGGAAUGCGGCAAGAGCUUCAAGUGGAUGUGUUCCCUGAAGGAGCACCAGAGGAUCCACACGGGAGAAGCCCCCUACAGCUGCCUGGACUGCGGGAAGAGCUUUAAGGGCGCGGGGACUUUGAAGAAGCACAGGCGGGUUCACACGGGAGAGACACCCUACCGCUGUGAGGACUGCGGGAAGGGCUUCAAGGAGUCGGGGGCUUUAAGGCGGCACCAGCGAAUCCACACCGGGGAGACUCCUUACCACUGCUCCGUCUGCAGCAAGAAGUUCAGCCGGGUGGACCACCUUAAAGACCACCAACGGAUUCACAGCGGGGAGUGAUUUCGGUUUUUCAUUAACAAAACUGGGUCUAUUUAAAAUAAAAUUCUAAAUUCUAAAAGGUAGCUUUCUAGUGAUUUCUGGUGAUUGUUAUACUGGUGAAGGUGUCGGCUGAAAUAUUUGCCAGCUUAAUAUUUCCAAGAGGGAAGAGGCAUUUCUUGUGUGCAUUCGUUUGAGGAGCAGCUUGGCAGUAGGAGAUGUCAAGAGUCGGGGCAGCUGGGCUGGGCUGGGCUGUUGGAGGAGCUUUUUUGAGGACUCUUAACACGAGGCUUGCCAACGCUGUCCCUCUUCCACUCCUGGUCUUUCUUCCAAACACCCUUUUCAAAAUCGUUUAUCUGAACCAAUUAAAUAAGCCUCCAUCCACCUAGACCCUUAACUAUUUCAUGAUCUUGUUUUACCUGUAGAACAAACCUGGAAUGGAAUGGAAUGCCCCUCCGGACCGUGAUUGGCUAGCCAUCACUGCUGUAAAUUGAUUGGUUGUUAGAUAUGACUGAUUGACUCACAAUUGAUUGAUGUAGCUGUUCAUUAGUAAUGCUUAGCGUUAAAACACGUAAACACUAAAGGUUGUAAAAUUCAUUAAAAACUGUAACUGGGAUACCUCUAGAUCAAUCCUGUGGGUCCCCAGUUUAACCUAGUUUGAGAAGCACUUAGCUCACCUUAAUUAGUUUCAGGAUCAUUUUUGGAAGCCCCCUUCUUGUGUGCAGUACCAGCGUUGCAUUGUCAUUCACUGUGCUGAAUCGAAUGAUACCAAAGUAGUGUCAUGGCUCUUCAGCUUUUAAUUUUGAGUUUCGCUUCCCAGUUUUUUCCUUUGCUUGGUCAAAUCCAAGACACCGAGGCAAACGAACGGGGGAAAAGACAUUGAAGAUGGGAGACCCUGCCUCGCGUCUGGCAAGGCACGUCGGGAAGGAGUCGUGGAAUUAUUCCCGAUUGAUAUCGAGUGAUGACGAUGUUUGUGUAAUACACUGUAUGUGAAUUUGUGAGAUUGUAACCAAGAUGAGAAAACGCUGUGGCAAUGUGAGGUCGCUACUGACUGUAAGACACUGGAGGUGGGGAGGGGAGAUUAUAUAUAAAAUUUAUUGUAAUAAAUAUGCCAUGUACAUUUGCCUAGAAAUGUCAGCUCAGGCAGUUUUUUUUCUGUACAAUACCUAACCUGAUUAAACUUGGUUCUAGUUCUCAUACGCUGUGUGGAUCGCAUCUUGUGUUCCCUUUGAACCCUGUGAAAGAUGCAAAGAAACAUGGGACCUAAAGAGGUCAUAAUCAUUGGGGCGAGAAGGGUUGUUAGCUGAAAGCUGGAUUGAUUUUGACUGAUAGUAGUUUUGUAUUGAGGCUUGGGUCUUUGGAAAGAUGUCUGAUACCAAACCUUCGAUAUUUGAAUUCAAAGUAUAUUGAAAAAUGAUGUCGUAUUCAAUAAAUGUGUAAAAAAUAUAUAUAUAAGCAGGCUGCGUUGUCCAG